CGCGCAGCAUCAAGCGCUCAUAAAGCGGUAUUGUGCGAAGUCUGAGUAGAUCUGUUCUUUUAUCAAACAGAACUGAGGCUUGCUCACAGCUUUCCACCCAGUAACACACACAGCCAAACUGCAACUGCAGCGACUGCCUGGGGGCGUCGGUAGCUUCUCUUUCUCCAUACUCACAAGGGAAACACAUAUAAGAUAAAAGAGCGAAGAUACACAGCGCGCAUCAUUCUAGCGGUCCGGACCAGACAGCUGGGUUUUGUGUGGCUCUGACCGAAUCAGAUCUGAAGGUAAAAAUCAGAAGCUAAGUGAUAAACUGACAAACAAGGCAACAGGAGGGCAUACAAACAAAGUGCAACUGUAUAUUGAGCCGGAGACGCGCUGGCUGGAUUGUGGAACCCGAGCUUCGCCCUUUCUAUGGUGCUGAAAUGAUCUGAUCGAAGAAGAGUUUGGGACGCGAACACAACAGCUUAUCAUCUAGACAGGUGUGUCUAUCAUAGGGAACAACAGAUUCUUUAUAAAUCGCAAGAUGCUGGAUGUUCUUCGUGGCCGGUGGAAGUUUGGGGUGUCGGUUCGUAUGCUGCCAUACUCUUUCUGGUUUUUGCUGCUGUUUGCGGCAGGAGGAGUCAUUCUCUUCAUACAUCUGCAAGAUAUUGGAGACAUCAUGCAACAGCAGGCUCCAGGUGUGAGGUUCAGCAGUACCACUCCAUCAAAACAGUUCAGUGAGAAGGUGAACAGCAACUCCGCUAUUAAUGGCAAAGUUAACCAGCAGUCUGCGGAGGGCAUCGUCUACCCCAUCUCACCAAUGCAGUUGCCACACUCUCAGGGGCCCCAGCAGGCUGCCACUACAAGGGCCCGAGAGCCCAGCCUGAGUUCUCCACCGAUCACCAAACUCCAGCGGAAGCUUUUAAAGACCAACCCGAGGGUACAAGGAGUGUCAAACUCUUCAAGCUCCUUCUCGUCCACUUCAGCGCUGUCUAAAAGUCCACGGCCAAAGUUCGUUUCAAUGCCAGAGGGCCUGGCGGAAGUCCAGGAAUCUCGUAAACGGCUCAUACAGGAGGUUUGCGCAAAGUAUAGGAGUAAAAUUUCUCGAAAAAUAAUGCCACACCACGUGUCCCGAAUUUAUGUUGAAGACAAAUAUAAGUUGCUCUACUGUGAGGUGCCCAAAGCCGGGUGCUCAAACUGGAAGAGAGUUCUGUUGGUGCUGGCCGGUAUCUUCAAAUCACCAAAUUCAAUCGAUACCAUGUUCGUUAACAAAGCCAAUCAAUUGAAACGUCUUGACUCCUUUGACCAGAAGGGCAUCACCGAGCGUCUAGAAACACACACCAAAAUCUUGUUUAUCCGAGAGCCCCUGAAACGACUGGUGUCUGCGUACAGGGAUAAAUUUGAGAGCCCCAAUGACUACUAUCAUCCUGUGUUCGGGAAGCACAUCAUCGCCAAAUACAGGGUGAACGCCUCGAAGGAGGCUUUGAAGACGGGAAACGGUGUCACCUUUCAAGAGUUCAUCAAGUACUUGUUGGACGUCCGCCGGCCCAUGGGAAUGGACAUCCACUGGGAGCCGGCGAAUCAGCUCUGCAAUCCUUGCCACGUGGAAUACGACUUCAUCGGAAAAGCCGACACCAUGGGAGAAGAAGCCAACUUGUUCUUGCGAAGUAUUGGAGCCCCGGCAGACCUGGAGUAUCCUACGCUCAAAGACAGGAACCCGAAAGCAGUCAGAACUUCCACUGAUAUUAUGCAGCAUUAUUUUGCAAACCUGACCAUAUCUGAAAGGCAAAGGGUAUACGAUUUCUACUACAUGGAUUACCUAAUGUUUAAUUACUCAAAACCCUACAACGAUUUGUACUGAAGUUGUUUCUUUUUACAUCUGUUGGCUACCUGUGCAGUGCGCCAUCCAUUGUCCAAUCAACGUUAAAAUCUGUUCAGAGUCUCAUUAGCCUAAUUCACUCAUUGGUGUGUGCUUAUUUUCCACAAGUCUUGUCAUCUUUGUAUGCACCACACAAGAAUCUCACUGCACACAGUCAUUUUUUUAGUCAGUAUUUUGGUUUAAAUUUUCCUAGAAAAUAUGUAAACAUCCUUAAGACAAGAUAGGCUUCAUUUACUUGAGAAACAAAAUGACAUGCUGUAAACCUAAUUUAAACUAUAUAUGAGGUAAUGCAGUGAGAAAAAGAAACAUAUGUCAGAAUUACUAUAAAAAAAACUUUUUUAAAAAAGCAAAAAGCAUUCACCUCUUCACAGAACUCCUAAUUACAAGUUGUAAAUUGGGAACUCUAUGAAAGCUCUUGAGCCCUUCAAGUGGUUAGAUAAUUAUUACAAGUUCCGAGCAAAUGAAUGACCCAGCAAGGUCGUAUUUACUAGUGGGAAAGUCGGAAUUCUAGAUGAUACACGAGUUUCUGAGUUAUUACUUUGUAAGGGGCGUGUCCACAUGAAAGAUGAUAAAAACCAAUGGUUUGCAAAAUUAUUUUAACUUCUGUACUUUAUUUAAAAAAUAUUCAUUUGUUAUUUAUGACAACAUUAGUCAACUAAUGACCCACCCUUCGCAGUUUGUUUUAAGCAAAUUAAUUAAUCACUUGUAAGAUACCGUGCGUUAAUAAAACAAAUACAUGUUUUGUAUAAUUGAUGCAGGUUUAUUCACUUAUGUUUAUUCAUAGGAACAACAGAAAAAGAGCUUUUGUCGUCAUCAUAAACAACAAAGCAAUAUAAGGAUUGGCUCUUACCUUAUAAACAUUGCCAUAGAAACACAUAAUUUCAUGAACAACUUCAAGUAGAAUCUCCGAACUGUUAUCGAGUAAUUUCGACAAUUAAUAAUAAUAAUUAAUGCUGUGUGCAUGUCCUGUCAGAAUCACUGUAAUUACGAGAUGACAACUCUACUCGGAACUGUUCACAUCCUUGGAAGAGUGCAGUAAAGUUAGUUUUAUAUUUGACAUUCGUUUGACAUUCACGACAAUACCCAUUAAACUUAUAUUUUCAAGCCAAACCAACUUGGAAAUUCAUGAAUAGGUUUUCUUUGCCUAGCCCAAAUCUGAAUUAAAAAAAGAGAGAGAUUUCUUUUUCAUAUCAUUUUUAUUAGCCCUAUAAAUCAAUUAAACAAUUUGACCAUUUGAUAUUAUGACAUCACAACAAAUAUGAAAUGUUAUAAAUAUCCCUUUCAUGACACAAGGCUCUGUUUGUGGAAUUUACAUUAGUACUAUAUUACUAUAGUAGUGUACAUGUUUGUAAUAUUCUAACUACAUUAAACUCAAUGACCUAGAGACAUAAAACCAACUGCAAAACACUCUGAAUAUUGUUCUUUAUACAGCUCAAACUUGUUUGUGGGAGUAAAUAUUCAGUACUUUUUAUGCAGAUUCAAUUAUCCCUAUAAAUCUAUUAAACUCAAUGACUGUUUGACCUAGAGACAUGAAACCAAAUGCAAAACAACUCAGAAUAUUAUUCUGAAUAUAGCACAAGGCUUGUUUUUGGGAGUACACACUCAGUACUUUUUAUAGCGCACUCCUCUGAAGUUAUUUGUUUCUAUUGCAAAACUCGUAAUGCCAAAAGGGCUUUGUUGUUGAUAACAGCAAAAUAUUUCAUCUCUACUUUAAUUCACCUCUAUAUGUUCUUGAACAAAGACAGCACUAAGGUAGCAAUGGCAUAAUAAUAUGGCAUGCCAAACAGAAUAAUGUGUUCAAUGCCUUUAACUGUUAAGGCUGCUGCCAUAUUGGUUCUUUUUACAUGACGUUUCGACAGUCAAGUCGGAGCUUACACAGAAUUAUGAGAAUUGUAAAUCUAAGAAGUCGUGAAUGCUUUUUGCAAGAUCAGAAUCUCUUAAUUACGGUAAUUAAUUUCCGUCAUGACCUGAAUGCACCAUAUUUCAAAGUGUGCUGGAUUUUGGACCAAUGAAAUUUUACUGUGGGCGGGGCUACCCAGUCCAAUGCCACAGAAAUAGAAACCAGGCGACCAACAAAAUGUCUAUUGCAAUUGUCUCACCUCUGAUGGAAGGGGCAUUCACAUUGUAGAAAAGGGCAACAUUUGUGAUGGUUAAAUAAUUAUUUCAUCUAGUUUUCAUUCUAUCAUAGACAAAACUCACUUACCUUUAGAAACCGCACUCUAUAACUCAGCAAAAUUAACUACACUGAUAUAUAAAAAAAAUAUAUAUAUAUAAAAAAAAUCUAUACUCAAUCUGUAAUUGUAAAAAGGGCAUUUAGAAGACUAUAUUUUUUAUAUGUAUUUGUAAAACAGCUUUAGAUGUGGUCAAUGCUUUUGUGCAAACUCAUCUCUGAAGCCACUAAUCAUCUUUUGGGUAAUAUGAUUGAUUUCAUUUGAGUAUGUGAAAAGAUCGCUCAGCUCUGCACUAGAUUCUGUAAAACAUUAUUUAUUAGAUCAAUACAAGGGUUUUUGUGUGUGUGUGUGUGUGUGUGUGUGUGUGUGUGUGUGUGUGUGUGAGCGUGAUGAGAGAGA